AUGGGUGGGGGAGGCUCCGAAGAAGAGCAUAUACUGUUUCCAAAACACGAGACUUUAGACUUCAAAGACACUCUUAUUGUGGACAAUGCUGCUGCUAUUUCUACUACAAGUCACGUGAAGUCAACGCUGAUUGAGAUGGGAUUCAACUCUUCUCUUGCUCAGAAAGCAAUUGAUGAAAAUGGGGUAGAUGAUCUUGAAUUGUUGGUAGAGAUUCUCACUAAGACUACUGUAACACAACCUAUUGAUGAAUCCAAACAGGAGCCUGAUGAUAUUCAACAUGGAGUUGAUGGCAAAAGGAUGCAGCUGCUAGCAAUGAAGUUCCCGGAAAAUCUAGUUGACUUUGCACUAAGUAGACUUGGUAAAGAUGUGCCAAUGGAUGAGACUAUAAACUUCAUCAUAGCUGCUCAAUUAGUUGCAGAAGAUUCCGAAGAAUUACUUGAUGGUAGUACUGAAACCAAAAGAGAAGAUGAGAUGGUAUUUGUUUCACUACCUUCAUUUUGUUAUGAAUUACCACUUGACAAAAUAGACAAAACUUCGCAACUGUUGGAAAUGGGAUUCUCUCGUCAAGAAAUCUCUGUGGCUAUUGAGAAGAUAGGUAAAGAAGCUCAAAUUUCUCACCUCGCUGAGUUAAUCAUAACUGGUGAAGUUCCUGCUGACGUUGAAGAUAUAGAAAAGAAAGUUUCAGCUAUUCCUUCAACAACUCGUGCAUGUCCUUCUAAGAGUUGGAGAUUUGUUGGUGUUGCUUCCCAGGAAAAAGAUUGUGGUGAGGGUUCCUCAAGUGGUAUUGCCAAGGUGGAAGAGAGAUCAGUGAGUAAAAGAAUAAAAGUUGAAGAUGACAGAGAGACUGACUUUGAUAACAGAGGGAAACGGCUAAGACCUGGAUACAUGGGAGGCUCAAGAUCAGUUAUAGAAACACCAGGGAUGCAAGAAGAAGAGUCGAUUGAGAGUUUGUCCACACUUCGUCCCUCAAAUGUAGCCAAGCGACCUUAUGUUUUCUAUGGAAACAUAGGUGAACUAUCUCCUCAGCAAUGGUCUAAGAUCUCAGGUUUCUUCUUCGGCAUUCAACCUGAGCAUGUAGAUACUCGGUUGUAUUCUGCGCUCUGUAGAAAAGAAGGUUACUUCCACAAUCUUCCCAUUGAAAACCGAUUCCCUAUACUCCCUAAGCCAAGUCAGAGUGCUCCAAGCAUCAUCUCACCUGAAAAUCUGGAGCGCGUUAUGGGAUAUCCACCAAACCACACGAAUAUUGGUGGUGCAAGGUCGGCUGAAAGAUUGAAGCUGCUUGAUUAUUGCUUCCAAACGGACACGUUGGGUUACCAUCUCUCUGUGCUCAAGCCUUUGUUUCCCCAAGGGUUAACAGUUCUAUCACUAUUCAGUGGAAUUGGUGGUGCAGAAAUCGCAUUAAACCGUCUUGGGAUCCAUCUGAAAAGCGUGUACUCUGUUGAACCUUGUGGACUGAGCCGUAACAUACUGAAGAGAUGGUGGCAGACUUCAGGACAAACAGGAGAGCUUGAGCAGAUUGAAGAUAUAAGGAUCUUAAGGGCAAAGAAGCUAGAGACUUUGGUGAAGAGAUUUGGGGGCUUUGACUUGGUCAUAUGUCAAAACCCACCAACACCACUUGAUCUCUCUAAAGAAAGCUCAAGAAGCCAAGGAUGCAAGUUUGACUAUAUGUUGUUCAACGAGGUUGUUUGUGUCUCAAAAUGUGUUAAAGCUUUGAUGGAGUCUUAGUUGAUAAACAACACUUGUAUAAAAAAGUAAGGCUAAAUAUGUUUUGGUCCAAAGUAUUGAGAUAAUGUAGAUUUGUCAUUUGUAUUGU